AACGGCCUGCCAGGGUCAGAGCCAUACACCAUGCCAGAGCCCCAGAGCUAUAGACUCCUCUGGUUAAGUGUUAAAGGAACUUGCUAGCAGCUAGUAAGAGCUAAGCUUAAUAAAUUUAACAAGUAUAAGGCAAUAUAAGCUAUAAGGUAUAGGCUACCGACCGGUUUUUUUUUAAAUUAUUCAUUUCCACAGAGAUUUUCACAGUUUAGAUUCCUGCUUUUGAUAAAUACAAAUUACUGCCGAAAUCAUUUGUUGACAUUCGGGUUGCUGUUUACUCAUACCCUCUUCUUCUUUGACAACUUUUUUGAGAAAUCAAAAUGACUCUAGAAGUUGCAGAUGAGUGCACAGAAAAAGAAAUCGAUGUCAUUGGACUUGGGUGCUCAAAAGAAUCUUUUACUGAGCACUCGGAGGUUGAAAAACUCAUUGACGAACUGAGGACGUCAGCCCAACAUCAGACAAACCAAACGGAUAUUCGUUUAGUGGAGAGAAACUGGCAAAGGUUUUCGUUCAUUCUAGAUCAAUACCAAGAGCAACCACAUUUGAUCGAUUCACACCUUGAUGGACUACUCACUAAAAUCAUCAACAUCAUUCGCGAGGAAGGGCUGGAUUAUGAGGUGAAACAUGUGGCCUUCCGAUGCCUCUACUUUAUAUCGAAAGUCAGAGGCUACAAAGUUGUAGCAAGACAUCUUCCUCACGAGACUGCCGAUCUGGAGCCUUUGCUACAUUACUUGGAAAACCAAGACCCUGGUGUGCAACUAAAAUGGGAGACUCAUUACGGCUUGCUUCUGUGGCUCAGCAUUGUAGUUAAAAUCCCGUUCCACCUUCAGCGAUUUGACACCAGCACUUCAGAACCAAUCAUGGAAAGAAUUCUGAAUGUCUGUAAGAAAUACCUGGCUGGGACAACAAAAGCUCAGGACAUGGCCUUUUAUGUAUCGGCAAUCUAUCUUACAAGGCCUGAUGUCAAAGAUUCCUAUCUACCGGGAUUCAUCAAUUGGGCUCAUGAGGUUCUUACCAAAGAUAGUGCCCAGUUCAAAAAAGGAGUUCUUUCAACGUUGGCCGGCGUAUUCAAACAUGGGCAAAGAGAACAAAUGAUGGAGCAUGCACAUGCUGUGCUGCGUACCAUCCUGACGAUUAAAUUUCAACCGUCAGAAUUGCUUAUAGUUAAGAAACCGUUGGUGAAGCUGACGCAGCGAAUAGGUUUGAUAUUUUUGAAACCUCGCGUUGCCUCUUGGAGAUACCAGCGGGGCAGCAGAUCAUUAGCUGCCAAUCUGCAACAGAGCCAACCCGUUGAGACUAAAGCAGCUAUUUCGGUGAAUGAUGAAGAUGACGACGAUUACGACGUGCCGGAAGAAAUCGAAGAAGUACUUGACGAGAUCCUGCAAGCCCUCCGAGACAAGAACCGUGAAGUCCAGUACUCUGCAGCAAAAGGCAUUGGUCGGCUGACCAGUCGCUUAUCAAAGAACUUUGCCGACCAGGUAAUUGAAUCGAUCAUGGAACUUUUUUCUCUCCGGGAGUCGGAUAUGGCCUGGCACGGAGGAUGUUUGGCUUUGGCUGAAUUAGCCCGUCGUGGAUUGUUGUUACCCCAGCGAUUGUCUUCUGUCUUGCCUUUUGUGGAGCAGGCCAUGCUGUACGAUGAGUUACGCGGUAACUUUUCCGUUGGCUCGGCUGUACGUGAUGCCGCUUGUUACCUCUGCUGGGCUCUUGCCCGAUCCUACGACCCUUCUCUGCUCCAGCCAUUCGUCCAUCAGUUGGCUAAAGCCCUAGUCAUCACCACCGUGUUCGAUCGUGAGGUCAACUGCCGACGGGCUGCCGCUUCUGCCUUCCAGGAACACGUCGGUCGACAGGGCACUUUCCCUCACGGCAUCGACAUCCUCACCACCUGCGAUUAUUUCGCUGUUGGCUUACGUAAAAAUGCCUAUCUCCAACUCAGUCUUUUCGUGGCGCAAUACGAAGAGUACCGACCGCAUCUCAUCCAGCAUUUGGUGGAUCGUAAAGUCAUCCAUUGGGACACGGUUAUUCGACAGCUAACAUCUCAGGCCUUGCAUCAAAUAACGUUCCUCGAUCCGGAGAGUAUGAAAGUGAUUCUUUCUACUCAGAUCCUUCCUCGUUGCACAAACCCUGAACUCUAUUUACGGCACGGAAGCAUUUUGGCCAGUGGCAAAGUCAUCAGCGCUCUUUGUCAAGUGGCCAAAGACCAUCAACGUCGUCUGCCAGAUGAACUUGGUGAUGCCACGAUGGAAGCCAUUAUCCAAACUUGUGUCGACAUCCUGGAGGAGCGUUUCUGGCGGAGUUUUGGUGGCGAUCAAAUGCGCAUAGCCGUUUGUCAUUUUAUCCAGGAUCUGAGUUCGGGCGGUUUCCCGUUGCCGGACGCUGUGGUCGACCGUUGGUUGAAAGCGUUGAGAGAGUGUCUUGCUUCAGCCGAUUCAAAUGUCCAGCAAUCGGCCAUCAGCGCCGUCACCGCUUUGAUUGGCGAAUACUUCCGGCAUCAGCCAGUGGAGAAACUCACUGCCUUGUUGAACCAUUUCUUACCCGAGGUGACGAGCAACAACCAACAGGCGAGAGUAGGAAACGCACUGGCCCUGGGCUCAAUGCCUCGCUUCCUCCUCACCGUUUCCUUGCCGAAAGUCAUCCAACAGUUGUGCACCUGCGCUCUCAUCACCGACAAGACUCUCCAAUGGGCUGAAUCUCGAAAAAAUGCUCUGACAGCUCUUUCGCUCGUCUGCACAACCGUUGGGAUCGCCCCAUCCAGUCCAGGUGGGGUUGAUCAAGCGACACUGGCCGGAAUAUUCCGCACAUUGAUCGACGGCCUUGAAGAUUACACGGUAGACAGUCGUGGAGAUAUUGGAGCUAUCGUCCGUGAAUCGGCAAUGUCUUCUAUUCAGGUUGUUUUGUUGUUGACCAACACCUCGCAACCAGAACUACUUGAAGCUGAUCUGAUCCGCUCCGUAUUGCAUGCGGUGGCUAAACAAUCGACGGAACAAAUCCGCCGUACCCGGCUGUUGGCCACCAACGUCUUUUCUUCUCUCAUUUACUGUGAUCCCACCAUUCCUCACAUCGAGCAGUUGGAAGAAUUGCGUUCCAUCAUUCCACCGCCUCCGCUGGACAUUUCGACCGAGAAGGAAUGUUUCGAUUUGUGGAUGAAGGUGAUGCGACUCGACACUUACCGCAAGGCCGUUAUCACCGGACUUGUUUCCAGCAUCGGCAGUCUCACGGAGAGUUUGGUUAAAAGUUCCAGCGCUCCCUUCAUGAGUUACCUCCGCCAGUUGGUGGCAGAGAACAAAUUGGAUGAACUGAAUUUGGUCACCCGGGAUAUUCUAAACGUAUUUCAAGAGAAUUUGAAUAGUGUCCGACUGAUGCCGUACAUUUUCAACUUCCUGGACCAUCUCUUGUCGUCCGGAUGUCUGGAUUCCGUUUUCAAAUCCAUGUCACUGUCGCUGUUGACCUUGAUCCGCACUGAGAUGACCAACGGCGGAAAACCGUUAAAGUUGUUGAUAUCGUCGGUGGAUUUGUACUGUCACCUACUCAGAGGUGAUCAAGUGACGUUCGACAAAUCAAUCAUUCACCUGUUAAAUCUGCUAGUGAAUCGGUUCCCUCGCGUUCGUAAAAUCACGGCCACCAAGUUGUACGAGACGCUGCUGACUCUGACAGAUAUUAGCCCGUCGUUGGCCAAUCACCAAGACGACAUCUUGGCCAUUCUCAGCGACACUGACUGGGACGAAGACGUCGAAGCUUUGAAGCCCGUCAAGACUCAGCUUCGCUCCCUUUUCAUUCCACCAACUUUGAAUCCUUGACAUUCUUAAACUCUCAUUCAAAUUAUUUGCUUAUUUAAAAUUAAAUAACCACUCGAAAUUGUGUCAUUCGCUAAUAGGAAAUACAAUUUCGAUUGUUUGGCUGCACAA